AACAUGCAAGUUGGAAAUGCCUGUACGCAACGACUAACAUAUAGAACCUCGUAGAAUAAUUCUUCAUCCUCUAUAAUAAUUUCCAAGAUUAAGCUAAGGUUGGAUGCAGUUUCAGAAUAUCAACUAAAAUAAUAUAAAACUAUUCUCUUGAAACAUGUUUUCUACUACAAAAUCAUCCGCCACCUUGUUCUCUCUACAUAGAGCUGCUAGUACUACUGCUGAAUCAGCUUCUUCUAAACCCAAAUUAUUCAAUCUUGUUUCCGUGAAGGAAUCGCGUUCACCUGUGUACAAAGGCUUAGGCUUGAUUAAUCCACAUAGAAGCCUCUCUGUGUCUUGUUCCUCACGAUCUGAGCAAAAUGGAUCAUCCCACAAAUCAUCCAUUCAGGGGAGUGAAGCAUUUUUAAGGGGCGUCUUGGAGAGUAUGCAAUCUGUGUACUUGAAUAGAAACCCUACAGCAAAGGCCAUAUUGGAACUUGUUCAUUCUGCUGAGAACAACCCAUUGUGCUAUGAUCAUCUUGCAUUCAGAACAUUCGGGGUGACUGGUUAUGGAAUUGACUCUAUGGCUAGUUUCUUUCUUGAUUAUGGCUAUACGCGGCGAGAGGAAUUGCGAUUUCCUGCCAAGAAGUUGAGAGCUUUGUGGUUUUCACCUCCUGCUGACUCACAAGAUGGCGGUGGCAGUGGAAUUAAGGGGCCUUUGCCAAGAAUAUUUAUAUCGGAGCUGAUUGUGGAUCAGAUGAGUCCACAAACUCAGGAAAUAAUUAAAAAAUAUAUUGCAUCAUCUGGUAAUGGAAACCAGUAUGCUGCUCUUGCAAGUUCCUUGGGACUUUUAACAUGGGAAAAGCCUUCAUAUUCUGAAUUUCAACAAUUGGCAAGUGAAAGUGAGUAUGCUGCUUGGACCUUAGUCAAUGGACAUGCACUGAACCAUGUUACGAUUUCUGCUCAUCGGCUGAAAACUGAAUUGAGAGAUAUAAAAAAUCUGAAUCGGUUUAUAGAGGAGAGUGGAUUCAGAUUAAAUUCUGAAGGAGGAGUUUUGAAAGUGAGCCCUGAUGGUCUUCUCCUACAAAGUUCAACUGUAGCAGAUUCAAUGCCUUUCCAAUUUUCUGACGGGGCAACUGAAUCAGUUCCAUGCUCAUACAUCGAAUUUGCUGAGCGUCUGGUGCUGCCACAGUAUAAAAAUUUACCAGCUAUAGAGGUUAAAGAAUUCCACAGGAGGGAUGGUUUUGAGGUAGGGAAUGCUGACAAGAUCUUUGAAAGCACAUCAAAGGAUCAGUUGAGCAGAGUAGGCUAAUAAGAGAUUGUACAUUUCAUGCUCGGUUAUUUUCAGGAAGUAUGGAUUUCGUUCCCUUCUAGUUAGUGCUCCUUUUGUCUCGACCUCUCAAUAAAUGUUGCUUAUAUUAGAUUAGUACUUUGAAACUUCAAUGUAUUUGUAAGCAGUAGUGUACUGGUACAUUGACUUUUUUAAUGUACUAAUUGUAUCAAACGGAGGGUGUGUGUAAAUUCUGUAUAUUGGAAUUAUAUUGAAUAAUUUAAGAGAAGUAGAAAACAA